GUGCCGUAUCAAUAAUUGAAGCAUAUAUUUUCGCGCGUCUGUUGAUGCGUCAUUAAGAUUUUAAUUACGUUACUGUUUUAAAUAGGAUUUGAAAAAGAGAGUCAAAUUUUCAAAGCCAUUUUUAUCGAAACCAUCGAAACUGACACAUUUGAGAUAGGCCCUGUGUCGUGCAUAUAGACAUGACAAUUAUGAAAAUUAUUCCCAGUGUAGAAUCCAAUCGGAAGUGAUCUAAAUUGCACUGUUGACAAACAUAACUCCAAAUGCAUUAAUGUUUCUGUUAUUUUUCUCGUUGUGAUAAACCAAAAACAAAUUACGAAUCUAGUGAUGGUUUCCACCCUUUCCACCGUUACGGAUUUUACAUCUCUUGAUGAAAGCGAAUGCAAGAAAGAGCUGGACAGAAUUCGUUUUUAUAUUGCAAACUAUAAACAGCUGUGCCGUUUGUGCUUGACCAAUGAGCGCCUGGUAAAUCUGUACUCAAAUGUUCAGGGCAGUGAUGUUUUCAAUGUUAGGCAUUUUAUCAAAGAAUCACUUCGGAUGUUGGAACAAACUAUUGACGAGGAGGACAGACUGCCAAAUUUCAUCUGCGAAAAGUGUGAACUGAAUCUGAACAUAAUAUUUAAUUUUAAGAAACAAUGUGAAGAUUCCAGGAGAAUUUUGGAAAAGGUACGGAAUAAAACCAUUGUACCGAAUGAUUUGCGAAAAUCUGAAAGAAAUGACCUCCAGAGUUGGGUGGAAACGAACAAUGUCGGGUCGGAUUGUGAGGAGAGCCUGAAGAAGCUACCACAAAACAUUAACGUUGAAAACGUGGAAGGAACUGCCAGGGCGGAAAAACUAUGUGAAGGGACGGAUGCAGUAAAACCAGACUCAGAUGAGAUCAAACAGGAAGUUUGUGAUCUUGGGAUUCUACUUCUAGAAACAGAAUGCAACAUAGAACAGAAUGACGGAAGGGUGGAAGAACAUUGUGUCGAAACGGACGCAGUCAAAAUAGAAUUAGAUAAGAUCGAACAGGGAAUGAGCGAUUUAGGAUUGCAGAAUAAUAUUACAAAUCUGAUCGAAGAGAACCGCGAUAAAUUGCUAGAGAAUAAUUGUUCGGAUAAGGAUUGGAGUCCGGAAAUACAGAAGCAAACGAAUGAUGUGACACGUGAAGAGGCUGAAAAAAACACAAGUGAAGCGAAUCAAGAACGAAGGACACGAAGCAAGAAAACUGCCUCGAAAAAUCGCUUCAAAAAAAUACCGAACAAGAACAUUUGUCCCGUUUGUGGAGCGUUGGUUAACAACAUUAGAGAUCAUAUGAUAAUCCAUGAAAAAGUUCGUCCACAUCAAUGUCCGAAGUGUCCAAAAAACUUCACGUCUCGUGGCAAGUUACAAUGCCACAUCAAUAGUGUCCAUCUUAAGAAAAGGGAUUACAAGUGUGAACUUUGUGACAAAGCAUACUUGGAGAGAAACAGCCUCAAAAGACAUCUCCGUAUCCACGAGGACGAUCCGAAGUUCAAAUGUGAUUUAUGUCCGGAAGCAUUCCAGUUCGCUGAGAAAUUACGCUGCCAUAAACUUCUGAUACAUAUUCAAGCCAAGAAAUAUGAAUGCCAUGUAUGCGGGGCAAUAUUCCUCAUGCGGACAACACUGAACAAACACCUGAAAGUGCACAUCGACGAGAGACCCCACAAAUGCGAUUUUUGUGAAAAGACCUUUCGAUUGUCUUAUUGGAAAAUUGCCCACAUGCGAACACACACUGGCGAAAAGCCAUUGCUAUGUCGAAUAUGCGGAAUUGGGUUCCCCCAUCACAAAGGUCGUAGCAUACAUAUGAAAACGAAGCAUGCAAAUGAAUCGAUCUUAAAGAAAAGGGCAAUUAUUCCGGAUGAUUUGAGAAAAUCUGAACAUAGCCAGGCCAAUAGGGCCGGCAUCCGCAACAGGAUGAAAAAGAAAAACGUGAAAAAAUUGCUAAAUCGACCGAAUUGUGAGGAAAAUUUUAAGAAGGAGCCACAAAAGGUUAACGUUGGAAAAGUUGAAGAAACUUUCAAGAUGGACAUAUCAAGUGACGGUACUGAUGCAGUGAAAGCAAAAUCAAAUGAAAUCAAACAGGAGGUUUGCGAUCUCGGAUUCCUAUUUCUAGGAACAGAAUGCAACAUAGAACAAAAUGAUAUCACAAAUCUAGUCGAUGAAAAUUACACUGUGAUACACGAAAAAUUUGAAGAAACUUCCAGGGAGGAAGUACCAUGCACCGAAACAGAUGCAGUAAGAACAGAAUCAGAUGAGAUCGAACAGAAUGGUAUUACAAAUCUGAACGCAGAGAAUUAUAAUGUAAAACAGGUGGGUUCAAGAGAAAACCCCGAGCUAUUUCUAGAAGAUAAAUAUUCGAAUGGGGAUUGGAGUCCGGACAAACUGAAAAAAGAACCAAUGGUACGAGAGAAGAAAACUACCGUGAAGGGUUGUUCUAAAAAAUUACCCAAAGAAAAAACAAAUUGUCCCAUAUGUGGAGCUCUGGUUCACAGAAUAAAGCCUCAUAUGGUACUUCAUGAAAAAGUUCGCCCACAUAAAUGUACGGAAUGUCCGAAAAACUUUGCGACUCGAUGCAAAUUACAAUCCCACAUCAAUAGUGUUCAUCUCAAGAAAAGAGAUUACAAGUGUGAACUUUGUGGCAAAGCAUACUUGGAGAAAAACCAUCUAAAAAGACACAUCCGUAUCCACAAGGGCGAAGUAUGAAUGGUAUCUGUGUCUGUUCGUCAAGUCUGCGGAUAAAUGUUCCUCCCACGAACCACGCUUAUCAAACGAAUGCACGUGCAAAACAUGAGAGACCCCACAAGUGCUAUUUCCUCUAAAAAAGCCCUGAAGGCGAAUGAACUACGAAGUUUGAUGACUCUUCAUUACAAACAAGGAAGGAAGAAAGGCCUUUUGAACGGCCUCCUAUGAAACUAUUCACAUGCGAAUCCACACUGGAAAAAAACCACUGCAAUGCGGAAUAUAUCGAAUAAAAUCGACUCUGUUACAGCUCGAUGAGGUACAUAUAGAGGUGGAGCAGUAGGCGAAGUGUAUCUGUAUUGGCAAGCAAAAUAUCGUGUCAUAAUUAUUUGCAUUCAAUAUGGAAUGUAUAUGGAAGAAACAAAACAAUGUUGAAAGUACUCACGGUUGCAUGAUAAUUUGAGCCAAAAUUCUAAUGAAAUCAUUCAACUGUUUGUUUUUUAACAGAUGACAAUUGUAUCGUGGCUUAUUUCGAUCAGUUAUGUGGUAAAAAGGUCCAGAGAGCAGUCGUUUGCUUACUUCUCGAAAGCAGUAACAUUUUCGGUGAAAUUUUGAAUAAUUGGCGAUUAUUCUCUCACAACAUACAUUCCGACACUGAAAGUCUUCGAAACAUCAACUUCAUAACGUUGAAAUAAUGAAACUCCAUUUGUUUCUAUGUACGUGGAGGAGUGAAAAUGGCACAUGGAAAUAUCACUUCUAUCCGUCUUUUUCGACGUGAUUUCUCAAAUAUUCGCUGCACGCUAUCACAUUCGCCUCAUAUUCAGCGAGAACUCUAAAAAAUGUACGUUUUUAAUUAAUGAGUUACUUCCUGAAAAUAGCAUUUUCACAUGGAUGCGGUGGGUAAUCGAAGAUAAACACAACGACUGACGUAACUAUUUUAGAUAUAGCUAUGGCAGCGCAUGCUAUGUCGCUCGAAACAGGACAUUGGUUACAGCUGAACUAUUAAAUGAGCCUAGUAAAAUAAACAGAUGGGAUGAAAAAAGUCGAAUAUGUGACUUUAUCACAGUGUACAUAAAUGUAACAAGAAUUCGUAACCUUAAAAAGGGUAGUUUGAUGAGUUUAGCCUCAAGUAAGGCUGUUAACUGCUCGCUGGAUAGAACGAGACUAGAAAGAAAUUCGCAAAUAACUUCUCUUCUACACUGCGUUUUAUAACUAUAGAACCGCUCCAUUUUUCUGAGUUUCCAGAGAUAUGUAGGAAGUCGGUUGAAUUGAAGUAUAUAGCAUAGAAUACAAUAACUAUCUUCAUUUAUAAGACCGGCCAAUUGAACUUUAUUGUUAUGUUCAGGCGCGAAACAUUUAUAAAACUAAAAUUCCAGUGUUUCAUGACUAUAGAACCAGAUGAAAAACUCUCCUUUAUAAAAUGAACGUCAAUUUCACAUGAAUUAGAAUAAGUUUUUAAUUCGUAUGUCAUCUUUAGUUCUCAAUCAGUUCAAAUAAUCCAUUCGGGGUGGCUUCGACCAAGCUGCGCUAUGUUGUAGUGUGUAACUCGUUCUACGCAGAGGAUACUGCUCGUUUAAGUUCUUCAAAUCACUCAUACUGCUUGUAAGCUGCGAUCACUCCUCAUAAGUUAUUGAUAGAGUUUUGAUUUGAUAAACAAGCUGCUCAGUUCAGAAUCCCUAUUCAUCAAACCAUGCCAUGACCUUUCGGAUUUUAUGAAUUGAUGCCAAAUUACUCAACUAUCACAUUGUUUUUGACGCAGAAACAACAGUAAAUGAUUCUGAAGUACUUUAUUGCACUUCUGACUUGUUCGUUCGUGUUGUAAGCUAUCCAAACCAGGCCUUUUUAAGAAAAUUCUCCCCAAACCAUAAAAAUCCCCGCUGUAUUUUGUCAACUCGUAACUUUGCAUGCGGCAGUUUGAUGAUUUGAGGAAAAUAUUUUCUAAAAAUCCUGGUUCAGAAAGCUUAAUUUUUGAUAGUCGAUGUAGGUACCCUCAAGCAGGUAUGGGCAAAAUCGCAUCGAAAUUCGUUCAACAACACUCAUUCACAGAUAAAACUCACCCUUCUAUUCUCCGUUUAUGCCUCACUUGAUUUGAGACAGAAAACAUUCACCUAUCCUCUUUGCAAAGUUCAUUCUUGAUUAGAACGAAAAAAUACUGAUACUUGAAAAGAAAUGGAAAAAAAAUACUUGAAACUUAUUCCUUUUUGUUAUGUUUUUUUUUAAUAUUUUGGCACUGAGAAAAGAGUAUCGAUUGAUCAAUUUUAAAACUGUUUGUUGUUUUUCUCAAAACAAAAGCGUGUCUUCUCAUCUGACAUCACUGAUC